GUUCUUCCCGACAGGCGGCACAUUCAGAAAUGCCCCUAAAGUGUUCACCAUUCACUGGUGUCUGGCAAGAACCAGACAUGUCUCAGUGUUACAAUACAGAGGGGAUCACUCAACAACUAAAGAAUAUCUCAAAUGAAGACAUCGAUAAAGAAAAUGUUGAGGAGGUUUCAACAAAGCUCAGCGAUAUUUCCAAGAAAUCAGUGUAUUUCAAAGUAGAAGAUAUUGACUUGGCUGUUGAUAUUCAUGAGAAAAUGCUGCCAUUGAUAUCGAAUGUGUCCGCUAAUAUAACACUGCAUAACAUACUUCUUAGUAUCAACGAUAUGAUAAACACACCGGAAGAGAUUUUGGUCGAAGCUGAAAAAUCAAAGAGAACUGGGAGCAGAAUGCUGGACAUUUUAGAAGCAAUCCCUGAAGAGAUUCCACUGGAAGGGCAACCACUCACAAUUGCAUAUUCAAAUAUUGGUGUUGGUAUUACCAAAGUAGAGGAAAAAUCUUUCAACGGUCUUUUCUAUGGUGUUUUGUAUGGAAAUAAGGAAACUAAAGUGAAGACAAUGAUAUACAACAGCUCUUAUGCAGAAACACCACAGGAAGAAACGAAGGACAUGGACUUCAUUUCCUUACCAAGGAGCUUGAUGAAACAUCUCCAAGAUGAAGGCCUGUCGACUAUGUCUAGGAUCUCUUUUGUCUUUAUGCGGGAUGAUAAAAUUCAAAGGGUAAUACAAAAAUCUAGUACCGAAGCAAAUACUACAAUUAUCAGUCACAUUAUUGCCGCAAAUAUUCCUAAAAUUUCAAUAACCAACCUCGAUGAGCCAGUUACCAUAUCAUUCAAUUUAAUAGAUCAGAAUGCCACCAACCUGCGGUGUGUUUAUUGGGAUGAAAUACUUGGUAACUGGUCAGGAGAAGGCUGUAAAAGAUCCCACAAUAUAUCAGGAGAGAAAGUAUUUUGUUCCUGUAACCAUCUGACAAGUUUUGCCAUAAUAAUGGAUGUCUACCAGACCGGAAAUGGACCGAAUGAUGAAAUCUUAUCUAUUUUAUCAAACGUUGGCUGCGGAAUAUCAUUAGUCUGUCUAAUUCUUACAAUAAUAAUUCAUGUUUGUUCCAAAAAUCUAAGGAAAUUAAUGACUUCAAAGAUUUUAGUAUACCUCUGCAUUUCUCUAGCUGUCAGUAAUCUUAUCUUUCUUGUUGGGAUGCAAGAAUAUGCAACGACAAAACCAGCUGCUUGUAAGGCAGUGGCUGCUCUCAUACAUUACUUCCUUAUGACAUCUCUUAUGUGGAUGACUGUAGAAGUACUUCAAGUUUGCCUUGCUGUGGAUGUUAUAUCACAAACUGUUCAGAGAUCUUUUAUGAUAAGGAGUUCAAUUCUGGCCUGGGGUCUUCCAAUGAUCAUUGUCACAGUUACUCUGGCAAUUAACUACACCAACAAUUACAUCAGAAUUGAACAAACAUGCUGGUUAUCAGCGGUACCGUUCUAUACUGCUCUUGUGGCUCCCAUGGGGAUCAUUCUCAUCUUCAACAUUUUUAUCUUCUCUAUUGAUGUCUGGUACUUAAUGACAUUAGAAACUAACAAGCCAUUUAAACUCGAAACAAAACGAACACGUAUUUUGGGCAUCGUUGGCGUGUUUGUCCUGUUCAGUGCGGCGUGGAUCUUAGCAUUCUUCAGUUUUGGUGAAACAGAUGAAGUGUUUACCUUGCUCUUUGCCAUAUUCAAUAUACUUCAAGGAAUGUUUGUCUUCUUUUACUACUGUAUAUACAUGAAAAAUACCAGAGAUGUCAUUUUUUCAUGUGUACAUAAAAGAAAGGAGGCGAAUACCAGGGGAAAUGUUACGUACAAUAACAGUUCAACUAACCGUGAAAGAAGAGAAGUUGAAUUAGCAGAAACGGGCCCAUACCUAAAUAUAUGAAAAACAAAUGGUUUUGAAAACCUCAUUUUCCUCUAUACAUAUUUCUAUACAAAAGAACUUUAUUUUUUUCUAUUAAUACAACACUAUGAAACUGAGAGACUGUAUAUAGCACAAUGUAGUUUAAACACGGUUUAGUACAUUUUCCUUUUUCUUUAACACGCAAAAUCUAAAAUCAUAUGGUUUCAUUUGUAAUUCUAUAGAUGUUUUCUUGCUGCCAAUUUCACUUUUAAUUUUCAGUAUAAUCUUCAGUUUUUCUUAAUGAAGUAAUAAAUGUGUUUUCUUUGUACAAACUAUUUUUCUUUUAGUUGAAGCAUCGCAAUAUUGCAAUCUUAGUUCAAAUCGUGUCUGAGAAAGGGAGAGGGAGAGAGAGAGAGAGACAUUGAUUAUUUCAUCAGUUGCUAAUUACUCCUCUAAAAAUGUGCAUCAUGGUUUUUAGCUGAUUAGAUUUAUAAUCCGUUAUCUAAUUAUUAUUAUUAUCAGGUCUCUCACUUGUCAUUGUGUUACUUAAUCUGAUAAUAAACAUUUCACAAACCACUGCGUUUACAACCAGAGAAAUGUAUGUAUUUCUGCCUCUUAACUUGUAUUCUCUUUAAACAUUAACACAAACAUUUGUAUUCGCAUCCCGGACUGACUACAUUGAAUCAAUCAGGAGUUUGGUACCAAAUAAUUUCAAAAACUUAAAUAACAUCUAAUUACCAUUGAAGAUUCGUUGAGAGAAAUAAACAAAAUGUUUUAAUAAAUUGGUUAUGUUUACACAUCCUGUUGCUUAUAAUUAUAUCCGUACAAGUUUGGGUUAGAAUUUCCCCAUAUAACAUGAUAGGGCAAUAAUUGAAAAUUCAACCAACUUUACCCUAUUUUCAGUUCAUUAAGAAUAUUCACAAAGAUGGAUGAGAUGGGAACUCAGAAAUCUGUGACUUGAAAGUGAUAUGAAAUAUAUGACAUACAUAUCCAGCCCAUACCAGUGUGGAGAAUUAACAUAAAACACUUUGAUGAUACUAAUAAUGAUGACACGCAACUUAACAUUCACCUCAAAUACAAAAAACAUAAAUGGAUCAUGAUUAUAAAAGAAAGAAAUGAUAAAAUUAUAUAAAUUAAGAAAACUUAGUGGAAAUUCCAUAGGUUUCGCAACUGAACAUAACUUAUAAACAUCUUUUUCAAUUCAAACUCUUUCUUCCCAAAUAUAACAUACUUAGCAUAAUAUGCCCAGUAAU